UCAUGACAAAAUCACUCCGCGUUAAUUGACAAGUUGCAGUUCGGGCUUGCUACGGUCAGUGAACGAGGUUUUACGUCAAUUCGUGGAAGAAAUCUGUAGGUUUGAGGGUUGAGUAUUGUUGUGUUCUACUUGACAGACUGACGGGGAACCCUGUAUCCAGGAAAUACUGCAGUUUGUCCGAGUUGAAUGGUUUCACGACCUACUUUGCGCGGAGGAGCGGGCAGUGUGGGUGGUGACGCGCCAUUUCCUGAGCGGCCCCAGCUGAAGCCGUGCCAACAUGAAGGCUGAAAGUCGGUGAAAUCGGCCAAAACUUGGGGCGAAAUUAAACGUUUUCCGGGCUGUAGCGCGAGGAUGGGCGCGGCGCCGGCCCCCGACGACCAUCUUCUGGAUUUACGGUGCUAGGACGAUGGAUGGGCAGCGCCAAUUCACGGAGGACAAUUCGAUUGUCCGAGUGCGUGCCCAAGUCAUGACUAGAGAUGACUCCUCAGGUGGCUGGUUGCCCCUCGGGGGAGGGGGUCUCAGCAUUGUGGGGGUGUACAGCUUCCAGAAGGAGGGGGACGUCCUCCCCAAGAAGGACUUCGUCAUAUAUGGAGAGAGGUUAAAAGACAAAACAGUGGUGCUAGAAUGUACGCUAAGAAAAGACGUCCAGUACAACAGAGUCACACCCAUCUUCCACCACUGGUUCCUGGAGGAGAAAAGAUUUGGACUGACCUUCCAGAGUCCAGGAGAUGCCCGUGCCUUCGACAGGGGAAUCAAGAGGGCUGUAGAAGACCUCUCUGAAGAAUCAUCGCCUUCCUCAGUGCCUAAGUCUUCACCAGGUGAACUUGAUGAAGAAGAUGUUUUUGUUUCUUUAGAUGGUGACAGCAGUCGGGAGCCGACGCCCAAGCCGCCAAAGAAGGAGCGGAAGCCGGUGACUGUAGCGACGCAUGACCCUUACUUGAGCCAGUUCUCCCACCCACACACCACCCACUCCCACCUCCACAGAGUACACUUCAUCACACCCAGCAGGCCCAUCCGCGGCUCGCGCAGAUUACACUCCACCAGAGAGACGACACAUCCUGAAGUGAUAUUCCAGGAGGAGCACACUUUCAUCAAGACUGAGUCAGCCAAAGAUAAAGACAAACAGGAUAGCAACAGGGACAGUAGCGACAGUAGUGACAUAUGGAUCAGGCAUACUGACUCCACAGGCCGGGCGGCGUUUGCUGACUUGCCUGGACAUCUGGCCUUUCCCGUGGGCAGCAGUGAGAGUACGAGUGACGACGCAGAUUCGUAUGUUCAUUUUUCGAAAAACUAUCCGAAAGUGCACGAUUAUAGUUAUCCUAUGUUGGAACCAAUCCGGACAGAUGCCAGUUCCUCCAAAAGUGGCAAAUCCCGCGUAGUAACAGUCCAGCCUUCAAAGCUAUUCCAGGACAGAAGAUCACAGAGUCAAACAGAGCCAUUGAGACCUCAGACCGGAGAGCAGCGAUGUGUGUAUUGCCGUGAGAUGUUUAGUCCAGAGGUAAACCGGCCGGGCAGCUGUGAGUUUGCGCCGGACCAGACACAACAGUACAUGAAAAGAGUAAGCUGCAUGAGUGCAGCUGAGAUGAUGGUUUAUCAUUGCAUGUCGGACCCUGAGGGGGAAUAUGUGGAGCCGUGUUCGUGUGACACGAGCGAUGACAUGUUCUGUAGGAGGUGGGCUGCACUCUCUGCCUUAACCUGCGUGGUGCCGUGCCUCCUGUGUUAUCCGCCGCUCCAGCUGUGCUACAAGUGUGGAAUCCGGUGUCGGUGCUGCGGCGGGAGGCACAAAGCUGUAUGAUGCAAGCCACUGAAAAGUCACCUUUCUUCCAUUGAACGCCAUAGAGAAAAAAACAAGGACGUUACCACAUCCGAUAAGCAAGAAUUAUCGCGUGCAGGAUUCUUGUGGAAACUGUACACAUGCCCGCAGUUCCAGGGCCUCAAUUGCAAAGUGAUCCUCGCUCCACUGUGCAAUGGUCGGCAGGGAGCGUGUGAAUGUAGGAGCUGGUCAGACUGUAGAGUUUAUAUAGUAAAUAGUGUAUAUAGAGAGUUGGCAAGUUUAUUGGCAUUGUUACCACAUGAAAGCAUUUGUAGUCUUUUUGUAAAAAAACAAAAACAAUGAAUGAUAGCUUUCAUGAAAAAGGGUAUUCAUGAUUCUUGAGAGACAGCAAAUGAGAAUGGGUUAAUCUAGAUAGCUCUAUGUCCUUGAUAGUUGUAUUUAUUAUUGUGUGCAUGAUAGCAUGUAGGACAGCUGCCCAGCAUUCUCUAUGCCUUAAACUUUGCAUUCCAACCUCUGGCUGGGCUUUAAGGACAGCCUAAGCCUCACGCACCUGAGAUGGCAUUAACCUCAAGUGACCCUAAAAUCGAGAAAACUCGUGACCAAGCCUGGACUCCAACCACCCCAUACGUUAAAAAAGCUCAGUUGUCCGUUGAAUACGGUAGUUAGACUCAUGGGCAUCUUUUCCCAACUGUUUUAUGUUUAACUAAUAGGUUGUCAUUUUGAGAAGUCAGAAUCUUUGUAAUUGCACUGAAUCAUAAGUACACUGCUUUUACUUUGUUGUAUGUGUCUGAUAACAAAAAUAUCUGAACAAUGCUGGAAAAAUUAUGAUUAUUUGAAAUCACUGGAAUUUAAAGAACAAAAUUUUACAUUUUAUUGAGUAGAAAUAUUGACAAACACUAGAUUGAACACUAGCUGUGGUAAUUUUACCCUUUUCAGGUAUUUUGCCCUAAAUAUUCAUGUGAAACAUUUUUAUGGAAGUCAUGGUGGGAUUUUGUGGAUGCAAACUGUUGAGGUGCUACAGUAGUGACACAGGAUGUCAAUCAAAGAUCUUUUUGUUAUGUCCUGGAAUUUUGACAUCAAUUUUACACCUCAAAUUGAUUGUUUUGUUACUUGUUUUUGGGGGGGGGGGAACUGGUCACAUACCCUCAAAAAUGAAACUUUCUGCAAGGCUGAUACAUUUUCCUUAAGUUUUUAUUUGGCUUAUUUUAUGUCUGGGAGAAACAAGUCAGGCCAACAUACUGGUAAAGACUGAAUUCUACUUCACCAGUCAAGCUAUCAGGUCUGGUAACCUUAAAUGAACCCACUACCUUCAGGGACUUUGCCAGUAAAGGCAUACAUUUUUAAUGGCAGGGUGUUAUUUUCAUAGUAUGUGGUCAUUUUUCCCAACAAAGAAAAGCAUUGCUAUGAUGCCUAUAGCCCCCUCAUGGUCCACACAUUUCUGUAGCAUUCUUGUCAAAAUAUGUUACGUUGAGGUACAACAGUAAUGUAGUGUAGGAAUGGGGGAAUGCUUUUGUACUAGAUCAGUCAGUUUUUAAGAGUGAAUUAAAAUUGGUACAAUGACAGUCCCUUGAACCCAGAUACAUGAUCUUCAAAGGCAGCAUUGUAACAAAAUUCUGCACAAUCAAUCAUAACAAUUAACUGCCAGGCUUGUUGUGUCUGUGCUGUAUGGUGUCUUCUGAUGAUUUUGUACAACCCACAGUAAAGUAUUAGAUAUGGGUAUUUUAAAACAUUAUUUUCUCAAAUCUCUGACUUGGACUAGUUUUGAUCAACUGAAAAUGAAAAAAAAAAGUUUUGAUCAACUGAAAAUGAAAAAAAGUUGCAUAUUGUUUUUCGUAAACCACCACCCUUUGAUAUCCCAUGUAUUGUUACGCAUAGAAAAUCAGGUUUAGACUGAAAGGAAUCAUUCCAUAUUUAUAGGUGCUGUUCCUUCACUGAGCUCAGGUAUUGGAACCUGUCGUCCCCCCCCCCCCCCCCCCCAGCAUACCUUGAUACAACUGCAGAAAGGGUUGCCAGAACAGUUCUGGAGUACAACCUGUUUUGCUUCCACCCCAUUCAAUUGCUCUAAAAGCACCCAACCCACCUACAUUUCUUCAGCUGUCUACCCUCCCACUGUUGAGUCCUUAUAACAACAGUGUGCGGGUUUGUUUUAAAACCUAUGUGUACUUCUGAUAGACCCAAAUUCUGGGAGGGUUGAAAUAGUUAGAGAAAUGAUGUCAGUACUGGCUGUCAGCUUAUUUUUUGUUGUGUAUGGUUAAAAAAAAAACACCCACCUUGUCCCCAGUGGUGGUACAACCCUGUUGACAGCUCCUGGGACCUCUGGCCUCUUGAGUGUUUUAGUUAAAUUUCCAGUUUGUCAGGUAGGCUAGAGUAGAGGCUGCUGUAACUUCUUCACUAAAAUGUUUGACAGAUUGGCACAUAGAAUAACAGUUGAGGUUGAAAAAUCUUGGGAUGGAGGUGUAUACAUGUACAUAUAUAUAUGUAUAUAUAUAUAUAUAUUGGCAAAUGUGUAUCCUGCAAGAUGCUAUGGCCAACUUCUUUCAUCAGCUUUAGCAGUAAAUGCAAAUUCAAGAGAAAUUACUGCAGUGUUGUCAUCCUUACUCUAUAUAUCCUUUUGGAACUGUGCCUUGGGAGAGGGUGAAAACCAAGGAACUGAGAUGGUCAGAUCUCUGCCGUUCUGUGGGACAUGUUUGUUCUCAACUUGGACUGUGUUUUUGAGAGGUCAACUGAUUUGGCUUUCCUGUGCCUGAAUGUACAUGUAUAAUUCACAGGACAUGAGAAUAUCUUUUGUUUCAAGAUUUGUGCGUAGGGCUUUUGAUUUACUUCUGCUUCACUGCAAAUGAUAACCAUGUUAACCCAAUUACAAUAGCGACUUGUAUAUUGCAUUGGUUGGUGGAUUGACGUGGCUUCUUUUAUACAAGGAGCCACUGGUAUGUCUUGUAAAUAUAUGCUCAUAAUCAGACAUGAUGAUGACAAACUCCCUUCAAUUAUGUAUAGAAAGAAAAAAAUUAUGAAACUAAAUUUUAUUCUGAUUUAUCAAAAGAUACAAGAUAUUUUUAUGGGCUGUGUGAUUUUGUGACACUCCAAUGGCUCUGAGCGUAGUGCAGUCCCCCAAAACUUACGAUAGUAAAGAAGGUGUUGAUUCCACUUGUAGCCUCCUCCAAUAGGCAUUUUUGACUUCCUACAUACAAAUGUAUGACUGUUGUAACAAACUUUUAUUCCCAUGUAUGUAUACUGUACAAAGUAGAAACCUUAAAUGGUUUUAAGGGAAGAUAUGCAAUUACCUUAUUACUACUGCCUAUUUUGUAUGACUGCUUUAGUCUAGCUUUCUUAUUUGCACUGUUUUUAUAAUAUGAGAAGAAUGGACAUUUCCAUACAGGCAGGGCAGUGAUUUGGCCUGCCUUGUACCACUGGGCUGGCUUAUAAUGGCAUCUUGUUUUGUAUCCUUGUGGCCCAGACUGCACUGAAGAUAAAGUUAGGUUGUUGUAUGAGGGAUGCUCGUCAGUUGCCAUGUGGACUUCACAGAAUAUUGACGUGUGAAAUAAACCAUGUACGAGGUCAUGGCGUAGGACCUGGUGUAGGACAGACGGGAGAGACUGCCACAGACGUGGCAAAUAAACAAUUUGCAGUUCUA